AUUUUGUUGAUUUUUUGUUUUAUCAAUUUAUAGGUGCGGAUGGUCACUGGUGAUAAUCUUCAAACAGCUAGAGCAAUAGCUUUAGAGUGUGGGAUAUUAGGAUCAAAUACAGAUGCUACUGAGCCUAAUCUUAUUGAUGGAAAGACAUUCCGUGACUUGUCCGACACACGAAGACUAGAAGUGGCUGACAAAAUUUCUGUGAUGGGCCGAUCAUCUCCAAAUGAUAAACUUUUGCUUGUGCAAGCACUAAGGAAGAAGGGACAUGUAGUUGCUGUUACUGGAGAUGGCACUAAUGAUGCUCCGGCACUACAUGAGGUGAAAAACCUUAGAUUAUUUCUUUUGAGAAGGCUUUUUCUAGAAGUACAUGUCUACCUACUUUUCGAGGAUCCAGCUUACAAGCUACUUAUCUCACCCAAACAAGUACACCUGUCACAAUUUGUGGCUGAACCAUGUUCUUGUCGGUUACAAAUUCAAACAUACACGUUGACUAUUUGGUUUAGAUUAUAAAAGAUGAGUGAU